ACUCUUCUGCACCAAAAACGCAAAACACCCAUUCGACACUUGAAUAGUUCUCUAGCAAUGGCUUAUAGCACCAUGAACUCACUCUUUGCUCUCCUCUGCGCAAUGAGUAUCCUGCUUGCAAUUACAGGCCAAGCAGCUGGACGCAAUGUUCCAAAAGGCUCCAAAAAGGAUGUGGAUGUGAAGCAGCUUGACUGGUUGAUUAAGUCUGAUAACAGUGUGCUGAUUCCUGGCAUUGGACGCGUGAUUAUACCACCAGCGUAUAGGAUAUCACCUUACGAUCCAUACACCGGUGGCAUUGGAGGGACAGGAUCACCACCAAGUCAUAUUCCUGGCGGAGAUGAUACUUAUGUGCCAAAUCCUGGAUUCGAGGUUCCCACUCCGGGCAGCUCUGGGGGCGCGUCACCUGCUAAUCCUUAAGUACGCAUUGCUGCUAUGUUUGAUUAAUAAUGGUGUUGUGCUUAUGGCUGUGUGUCUAGUUUCUAGUCUGGUUCAAAGUUAUGUACCGAUUUCAAUCUAUCAAAGUUUCCCACUUUGAAGAUGUAAUAAAUAUCCAAGGUGCUUCCAGCUUCCUUCCAUAAAAUUAUGCAGAAGCUGUUAGGCA